AUGGCCGCCGCACAGAUUAAUCACACCAUUAAUCUGCUCAACAAUAGGCCAAAUGUGACCACCGAUGGACUCAACGAAGAGUACGUAUCCAUACCUAACACUUGGGGCCACACCCGGGCCCACACACCCCACCCCUCCCGACCCCCACUCGCGCGCACACACCGUCUGAUUGUGUGUCACUUUUUCUCGAUGGGUUGUUGUGUGCAGUGCUGUCCACACACUGUCCCUCUGGUGUCAUCGAUGUCGCCGACGCCCGCCUUAAGCCGUGAAAAUCCUCAAUACGUGAAGCGCUGUGUAAUCAUCCAAAAGGACGAAAACGGUUACGGACUUCGGGUCAGCGGAGAGUCACCCGUCUAUGUGGACAGUGUUCGCGAAGGAGGGGCCGCGUGGAGGGCAGGCGUCCGGCCGGGCGACGAGAUAAUCAAAGUGUCGGGCACUUUGGUCACGCGUCUACAUCACGGCGAAGUGGUCCGUAUGAUACAGAACUGCGGCUCAUAUGUGGGCCUAACGCUGCUGGGGAUGAAGACACCGCCGCCCACAGCCAAUAUGGCGGCCAAAACCAUUCAGAUAACGGCACCGCAACCGCCGUCGGAGAGCACCCAACAGGCGUACGACGAGACGAAAGCCGAGAUAAUCAAAGACAUGAUCCGUCGCCAGAGGGAGCACUUGGAGAAAAUGCGGGCCAAACGGAAUCAGCCGGAGAUCGAGCGCACGGAGAAGACCAUACAUAAGCUCGAGAAGGAGAUCGAGAAGAUGACACUCGACGCCAGCCGUCAGCGGCACACGUCGAUGAGCGCCGAGAAUCUGACCACCGGUUUGGGCGCCAGCGACCCGACACUUACCACCGCCGCCGGCAACGCCAACGCCAAGAAGUCGCACUCGUUUGGUCAGUACGACACGCGGGCGCCCAUUAUGACCAUGGAGUCCGACGACGAGAACGACGAUUACGCCAACAAUAAUAGCACCGCUAAUAGCAAUAACCGCCGCAACAGUCAUCUGCUGAACAACUCCUCCGCAGCGAAGACUGUCUAUCCGGACGCCAACGACAUCCCGCGCAAUGUGGAGCAACUCCACGGCCACAGCCUUCAGAUGUCGCGCUUCCUGUUGACGCAGGACCUGAAGCCGCACGCAUUGCUCUUCCACACGAUGGCCGGCCACGUGUUCCCACUCGUGGCGCAGUCGCCCAACUCGUCCCGCGAGACCGUACAACGGCUCGCGUGGCAAAUCGCCGGCACGUGGCUUAUGAACGACUCUCCCCUCACGUUUGCCGACUUCCCCGCCGACUCACUCAACCGUUUCGCCACAGCUGUCGAGUCCCGUCAGUCGCCGCUGGAGUCCGUAUUCGAGCCGUACUUCGAGCUGACGCGCGAAAUACUGCGCGAACAGCUGGACUCGUGGCGACAGGCGGUCAACAUAGGUCUGGCGCCGCCCACAAUGGCCACCGCCAAAGAGGAACUGCACGCCACUAUUGAUCUGGUGCUCAACGAGUCCACAGCCAUCCGAGAGCUCGAACAGGCGGUGGACGCGUUUGUCGCGCGCGCCAGCGUUAACAACGCGCCGACUCUGGCGGUGGUCACAGCGCUGUUAACUAUAGGUCACUAUGUGUUUGCCUGUCCGUCGAAGCAUCUGCUCCUAUCGCAGAGCAAUUCCAAGAGCUCCCAACCCGUGAAUCCGGUGUUGAAGUUGUCGAUCGACCACUCGAUGUCCAAUAAGAAGCACAAGAGGGCCGUCUCUUUGCCGAACCGGAGCCAAAUUCCCGGUCACGUGGAAGCGGGCCAUCACUUCAACGCCAUUCACGAACUAACGAAACCCCUGUACUGUUCGGCGGGUUGUUUGUGUCCCAUUUGGGGCACAUAUGGCCUGACGUGCGCCCACUGCCAGAUGAAUGUCCACACCUGGUGUAUGAAGAGCACCGCGUCCAACAACCCCUGUCCGGGCCCUCAAUCCGACAAUCAGUCCAAUGAGACGACACCGUCGGCCAGAGUCGGGAAGAAGAGCCGGCGCUGGAAUUCCGACAGAUACCAUACACACCCUCCCGGGGCACCCCUUUUCGUGUCCCCCCAAUGA